UUGUCGGAAUAAGAAAGAAGCUAUUGGAUCGCUGACAGAUAACCCGAUCAGAUUCAGAGUUUUGUCUAUCAGAUCUUUUUGUCAAUGGCGAAAAAGGCGGUGCUUAUUGGGAUCAAUUACCCAGGAACCAAGGCGGAGUUACGGGGAUGCGUCAACGAUGUUCGUCGUAUGUACAAAUGUCUCGUCGAACGGUACGGCUUCUCCGAGGAGAACAUCACCGUUCUCAUCGACACCGAUGAAUCCUCUACCCAGCCCACUGGCAAGAACAUCCGCCGCGCGCUUGCUGAUCUCGUCGGAUCUGCGGAAUCCGGCGACGUUCUUGUCGUUCAUUACAGUGGACACGGUACGAGGUUGCCGGCUGAGACUGGGGAAGACGAUGACACUGGUUUCGACGAGUGUAUUGUUCCUUGCGACAUGAAUCUGAUUACUGAUGAUGAUUUCAGAGAUCUUGUGGACAAAGUUCCUCAAGGUUGCAGAAUGACAAUCAUUUCAGACUCUUGUCACAGUGGUGGCCUUAUCGAUGAAGCCAAGGAGCAGAUUGGAGAGAGCACUAAGAAAGAGGCCGAGGACGAAGAUGAAUCUGAAGAAUCUUCUUCAAGAUUCGGGUUUAGGAAGUUCUUGCGCAGCAAAGUGGAAGGCGCCAUCGAGUCUCGAGGGUUUCACAUUGGAGGUAACAAGAAGGAUGAAGAUGAGGCCGAAGAAAUCGAGACUAAGGAGAUUGAGCUAGAAGACGGAGAAAGGAUCCAUGCCAAAGACAAAUCUCUUCCUCUGCAGACCUUGAUUGAUAUCCUCAAGCAGCAAACAGGGAAUGAUAAUAUCGAAGUUGGGAAAAUCAGGCCAAGCCUUUUUGAUGCGUUUGGUGAUGAUUCGAGCCCGAAAGUGAAGAAGUUUAUGAAAGUGAUCUUAGGUAAGCUUCAGGCUGGAAAUGGAGAAGAAGGUGGAUUAAUGGGAAUGCUUGGGAAAUUGGCUUCAGGGUUUCUUGAGGGUAAACUAAACGAUGAAGACUAUGUGAAACCCGCGAUGCAGACACACGUUGGGAGUAAAGAAGAGGUUUAUGCUGGUGGAUCCAGAGGUUCGGUUCCGCUUCCAGACAGUGGGAUACUGAUCAGCGGUUGCCAAACCGAUCAGACCUCUGCGGAUGCGACUCCAGCGGGGAAACCAACUGAGGCUUAUGGAGCGAUGAGCAAUUCGAUACAGAAGAUAUUGGAGGAGACAGACGGUGAGAUAUCAAACAGAGAAAUGGUUACGAGGGCAAGGAAGGCAUUGAAGAAGCAAGGGUUUACUCAGCAGCCAGGUUUGUAUUGCCAUGAUGGUUAUGCAAAUGCUCCUUUCAUCUGUUGAAAACAGAGGUUUUAUUGAAUGCUUUUUACAACGACCCGUUGAUUGAUUGAAGUUUCUGGUUGGAAAAUAAGCCUGUUUUUAUUUUUGCUGUUUCAUGGCAUUUAUGUAAUUUACAAGUUAUGUGUGUUGUGUUCUGUGAAACACUAAAAAAAUUCUUCUUGU